ACCUAAUAUAAUGAACAAGAGACUGACAGCUAUUUACACGGUAUAGCUGGUAUGGCUAUUAAUUUAUACCCUACAGUGUGGCACAUCUGACACACGAAAACACAUCAACUGUCAUUCUCCCCACACGCAUUAAUGUUAAUACAUAACAGUACCUGAAAAUGAUCCAAAGAAUUUUCGGUAAUUUUGUGUCGACGACAGCCAGUAAACAGUUUGUUCGCCAAUUGUCGAAUGUCUUAUCAGCCAAAGAAUCUCAACAACUGCAAGAGAAUUGUAUGCUCAAAGAGAACUGUAUCUUAGUGGAUGAAAACGAUCGGUCAUUGGGAUCACUGUCCAAGAGGGAUUGUCAUCGUGUUGGACCCGACGGGAACAUCAAAUUACAUCGUGCAUUUAGCGUAUUUCUAUUUAAUUCAGAAGGCCAAAUGUUGCUACAAAAACGUUCCGAACACAAGAUUACAUACCCGAACCGGUACACAAAUGCUUGCUGUAGUCAUCCAUUGCACGAUAUUGACAUUGAAAAAGAGGAGCUAAAUGCCAUCGGAAUCAGGAAGGCAGCUCAACGACGACUAAACUACGAACUGGGAAUACCAAUGGCACAAGUGCGACCCGAAUACUUCCAUUACUUAACUCGAAUACACUAUGCUGAUAAUGGGGAUGGAAUAUGGGGCGAACACGAGAUCGAUUACAUUCUGUUUCUGCAGAAGGAUGUCGAUCUGAAUCCGAAUCCGAAUGAGGUGAGCGAACUGAUGUACAUAAAAAGGGACGACAUCGAUAAGGCGGUGUUGCAUGUGCCGCUGACCCCAUGGUUUCACUUGAUACUGCAGCAUCGCUUAAAGACGUGGUGGGAUAAUUUGCAUCAAUUGGAAAAGUUUGAAGACUUGGAGAAUAUUCAACGAUUCAAUUGACUGGUAUCAAUUCGGAGUCGGUGACGCAACAGAAGUUCUAUCUGAAUCUGAAAUGUUUUUUUUUUACUAUUUUUAAGUAUACAAUUUUGUGCUUACUAUUUAUGACGCCCAGCGUAAUUUUAUUAAAUUUUCAAUGGCAUCCGGCAGAGGUCAAGUCAUUGGUUAAUUGUUCGAUGGAACGAAAAUAAUUUUUUUUUAUUGUUAUGAAAAUUGAAAAUGGAAAUGAUUUUCGCUGAUGCUAAUGUAAGUUAUAGGUGAGAAUAUAACUUCUACGCAUAUUUUCAAAGUCAAGUUGUCGAUUUACGGAUUUACGGUGCAAUAAAAAAACUCGGGAUCAGGUUUCUUUACACUUAA